GAGCAUUUUAAGCUGCAAAACGGCGGCGUUUUGUCGUUUGGCUCUGCUAACAAACUGAGAUCUCAUUUCAUCCUGAACCGCGAGUGUGAAGAGGAAGAAGAAGAGCACAGUGCGAAUCGAAGAAACUCGAAAUACGAAAACCUAAGAAUGGCGUUCGAGAUGCCAUUGGAUCAGAUAAAGCAGUUACAGAUCUUGCUUCGCAAAGAUGCCAACCUCUCGUGGUACGACACCGACAAGAACGACCAACUCUCCCUCCCCAAGCUUCCUUCCGUUGCCGAAACCGUCGCCAAUCUCGAUCCCUCGCCACCGUACCUUCGCUGCAAGAACUGCGAUGGUAGGCUCCUCCGCGGGGUGCAGUCCUCCAUCUGCGUCUUUUGCGGCGCCAAUCCUCACAAGGAUCUCCCUCCCGAGCCCAUCAAGUUCAAGGACACACUCGGUUACAAGUGGCUCCUUGAUUCCCUUCAGCUCGAUGGAUCGGAGAUGGUGGCACCUAUGGAGGAGGAGGAGAAUUCAUCAAGCAGGAGGAGGAGUGAAUCUAAAGAUGAGAUUCCCUUAUCUGAGCUGCUAGAUUUGGAAAUUAGAUGGCCAAGUGAGGCAGAGAGAACUCUGUCUAGUAAUUCAGAUUCGGAAGCAUUCCAGGGGAAGAGUUCGUUGAGUUUGGCUGGAGUUGAUCUUGAUGGUUUUUUCGAUCACAGGGAAUCCGAUUCAAAUGCGUCUGGACAGACAAUGGCUUUCGGAGAUCAAGUGGGUGAUACUGCUUCUUAUAGUGCCAUCCAAGCUAGUGAAAAUCUUAGUUUGUUUCAGAAUGUCCAAGCUUCAGAAUUGGCUACACCUACAAGGUCUAUGGAAGAUCAGAGUGAUGAUUCCUUUUCUGGUUGGGCGGCCAACUUUAGAUCCGCUAGUUCUGGUCCAGUUAAUGAAGAGCCCGAGUCAUCAUUUGGUCAUUCUAAAGUUCAAGAUACAGUAUCUGGAUCCUCGAAAGAUGAUUUCAAUCAUUCAGUGUCCAAAGGAAAUGAUUGGUUUCAGGUUGAUGGAUGGAGAACUUCUAACCUAGAGGUACCUAACCAGAGUGGCAAACCAGAGCUGAACGUGGAUUUUAAUGAUACCAAAACAGCAGAAAGCGCUACCAGUUCCUCUACCAGAAAUUUGGACUGGAUGCAAGAUGACCAAUGGCAAAGGAGUGAUAAUAAAACAACUGCUGCUGUUGUUACUGAGGCGGUUGAAUAUUCAUUUGAUGGAUGGAAUGAUUUUACUGGCUCAGCUAGAGAUAGUGCACAAGAUCCUUCAAGUAUUAUUUCCAGAUCAAAUAUAACUGAGCAGGUUGGAAAAUCUGAAAUUACCGCUGAUCUUAACAAUACCAAAGCAGAAGGUAAUAGCUCUUCUAUUGAAGAUUUCAGCUGGAUGCAAGAUGACGUAUGGCCAGGUAGCAAUAACAAGACAACUGAUACCAAGAGUACUAAUAACGUUGAGGAUUCAUUUGAUGACUGGAAUGAUUUCAGUGGAUCAGCGAAUGCACAAUAUUUGUCCAGUAAUCUCUCCAACUCCAAGAUAACAGGUGAGUCUGGCAAAUCCGAACUUGCCAAGAAUAAUGAUGAUAAAAUAAUAGCAGGAGGUGAUAGUGGCUCAUCUAGAAAUUUUGACUGGAUGCAAGAUGAUCAACAGCUGGUUAGCAAUAACCAGGCUUCUGACGUUGUGACUACUAAUGAAGAUGCUGAUUCAUUUGAUAAUUGGAAUGAUUUUACUGGCUCCCCUGUUACACAAAAUCCUUCCAGUAGUGUUUUGUAUUCUGAGACAAACAUUCUAGCUGGGAAAUCUGAGACUUCUGUUGAUGCUCACCAAACCAAAACAGAGGUAGGUAAUAGCUCUUCUAUUGAAGAUUUCAACUGGAUGCAAGAUGACGGAUGGCCAAGUGGCAAUAACAAGACAACUGAUGCCAAGGGUACUAAUGAAGAUGCUGAUUCAUUUGAUGACUGGAAUGAUUUCGCUGGAUUAGCCAAUGCACAACAUUUGUCCAGUAAUCUCUCCAACUCCAAGAUAACAGGUGAGUCUGGCAAAUCCGAACUUGCCAAGAAUAAUGAUGAUAAAAGAAUAGCAGGGGGUGAUAGUGGCUCACCUAGAAAUUUUGACUGGAUGCAAGCCAAUCAAUGGCAGGGGAGUAAUGACCAAGCUUCUGGUAUUGCGACCACUAAUGAGGGUGCUGAUUCAUUUGAUGAUUGGAAUGAUUUUACUGGAUCCCCUGUUACACAAAAUCCUUCCAGUAGUGUUUCUUAUUCUGAGAUAAAUGUUCUAGCUGGGAAAUCUGGGACUUCUGCUGAUUGUGAUCAAACUAAAACAGAAGUAGGUAAUAACUCUUCUAUUGAAGAUUUCAGCUGGAUGCAAGAUGAAGGAUGGCCAGGUAGCAAUAACAAGACAACUAAUACCAAGGGUGCUAAUGAAGAUGCUGAUUCAUUUGAUGACUGGAAUGAUUUCACUGGAUCAGCCAAUGCACAACAUUUGUCCAGUAACCUCUCCAACUCUGAGAUAAAGGGUGAGACUGGCAAAUCUGACUUUGCCAUGGAUAAUGAUGAUAAAAAGAUAUCAGAAGGUGCUAGUGGUGCAUCUAGAAAUUUUGACUGGAUGAAUGAUGAUCAAUGGCAGGGGAGCAAUAACCAGGCUUCUGGUAUUGUGACUACUAAUGAUGAUGCUGAUUCAGCUGAUGAUUGGAAUGAAUUUACUGGAUCCUCUCUUGCACAAAACCCUUCUAAUAGUGUUUCGUAUUCCGAGAUAAAUGCUCUUGCUGGGAAAUCUGAGACUUCUGCUGAUUCUCAUCAAACCAAAACGGAGGUAGGUAAUAGCUCUUCUAUUGAUGAUUUCAGCUGGAUGCAAGAUGGAGGAUGGUCAGAUAGCCAUAACAAGACAACUGACACCAAGGGUGCUAAUGAAGAUGCUGAUUCAUUUGAUGACUGGAAUGAUUUCACUGGAUCAGCCAAUGCACAAAUUUCAUCAAGUAAUCCCUCCAACUCUGAGACAACUGGCAAGACGGGCAAAUCUGAAUUUGCAAAGGAUAGUGAUGAUAAAAGAAUAGCAGUUGGUGCUAGUGGCUCAUCAAGUUUUGACUGGACGAAAGAUGAUCAAUGGAAGGGGAGCCAUAACCAGGCUUCUGGUAUUGCGACCUCUAAUGAGGGUGCUGAUUCAUUUGAUGAUUGGAAUGAUUUUACUGGAUCCACUGUUACACAAAAUCCUUCCAGUAGUGUUUCAUAUUCUGAGAUAAAUGUUCUAGCUGGGAAAUCUGAGACUUCUUCUGAUUGUCAUCAAACUAAAACAGAAGUAGGUAAUAGCUCUUCUAUUGAAGAUUUCAGCUGGAUGCAAGAUGAAGGAUGGCCAGGUAAAAAUAACAAGACAACUGAUACCAAGGGUGCUAAUGAAGAUGCUGAUUCAUUUGAUGACUGGAAUGAUUUCAUUGGAUCAGCCAAUGCACAAUAUUCCUCUAAAAAUAUUGACUGGAAACAAGAUAAUCAAUGGCAGGGGAGCCAAAAACAGGCUUCUGGUAUUUUGACUGCUAAUGAAGGUGCUGAUUCAUUUGAUGAUUGGAAUGAUUUUACCGGCUCCUCUGUUACACAAAAUCCUUCUAGUAAUGCUUCAUAUUCUGGGCAAUCUGUGACUUCUGAUUUUCAUCAAACCAAAAAACAAGUUGGUGCUAAUACUUCAGUUCAACUUCAAAGUUUUGAUUGGAUGCAAAAUGACCUAUGCCCAGUUAGCCAAAAAAAAUCAAAUGAUCCCAAAACUACUAAUGUAGUUUCUGAUUCAUUUGAUGAUAUUUGGAAUGGCUUCAAACAAAAGGCCACUACACGAGAUUCUUCCGGCACUAUUUCAAUACCAGUUCAGACUUCUUCUGAGCAAAGUUCUGUCUUGAAUUUGUUCAGCUCCUCAAACAAAUCGCAUAGUGUGAAUUUUUAGGACGUUUUAGCAGCCCACAGAGUACUACUGCAGCAAGUACACAAUCUGAAGCUGCUUCUACAAACAGCCUACAAACCUACAUGUUGAUCUUUCAUACCGAAAAGUAGAAAUUUAUCCAAUAUGUUGCAUGUCCAGGCUGGCUGAUGUGGAUACCAGGCGAUGAGACUCGAGAGAAGUUUCCACUGCACAAGUAGGGUCAAAAGGUAAUGAUGUGGAAAUGUUAAUGUCUCUCAGAUGCGUGAUCUUUCCUUUUUGCUUGAGAGCAGUCUUAGAGUUUCCCAAAAGUAAGAUGGACAUUCAUUUUUCUUAUUGAUUUCCAGUCAUUCUUCACAUGUAAGUUUAACUUUUAUUCUUGAGCACGGGCCUAUAUUCUCUGUGUUCUUGGAUGAAUGGGUGGAGGGUGACUUUGAUCUAGUGUUGUGAUUCCACUUUCCUGAAUCCGUCUUUUAUUGUAAACCGCGUAUGGUGGUAUUGUGUUGUUUUAUAGAAUGCGACCACUGUACAUUCGAAGCUAGCUUUUCUGAGGAAGAUUAUGUGUAUUAUAAUUUUUUUGUGUUGCUGUUGAGGAGUUUCAGACAUUAUUCACACCACUGGCAAUUAAUCUUCAUUGGAUUCUUCAGUCUU